AUGUCAUCGUUGCAGUCGUUGGCCAAUGCUGGCUACAUGACGUAUUUUCUAGCGGUCAAGUCAGUGCCUAUUGUUGCUAUAGGCUCGUCCAUUGUAUUUGCCAUUUCUCCUUGGCCUACGAUUCUCACCAUUCGCCGUGCACGCAGUACGCUACAGUUCCCAUUUGCUCCAUUCUUCUUUUACUUUGUGCAGAGCAUCAUCUAUACUUUAUAUGGCUGGACUACGAGCAAUCUUGUGGUUGGUGGCACCUCAUUGCUUGGAGUUGUGCUGGGUUUGUACUAUGUGUUGGUAUAUUACAAGUACGCACAUGACAGGACACAGGUCACUAGAAUGCUGACAUCAGCGAUGCUAGUGAUUAUGUUGCUAGCUCAUCAGGUGGCCACACGCUCGCCUGAGGAGACACAGAUCAUAACGGGCAUCCCAGCUAAUAUCUUGUCGGUCUUUACGGCCGCCUCGCCUCUUUUGCAGCUCAAGAAUAUAUUACGACGCAAAGAUGCAUCUUGUUUGCCAUUGGGUAUGUCGUCGAUGAAUGUAGUAGCUGGAACGAUAUGGUCCAUUUACGGAAUCAUGCUGGGCGAUUUGCUGGUCAUCUGUCCCAACUUAUUUGCGCUAACGAUGGGAGUGAUACAAGUGUCGCUCAUCUUACUUUAUCCUGGAGUCAAGGUCAAUAGUAUUGCAGAAGUAGAUGCCAAGUUGCCGCCUCUAACAAAGCCGACCAAGAAAAUUAGUCCUCGUUACAACAAGAAAGUUAAUCGUCCAGAAUGA